GAAGCCAUCUUGGUAGAGUUAUGGUGUUUUGAAGAAUGACAAAAAGUCGGUGUAUACCAAAAAAUCGGGCGUCAGGUGGGGCCGGGCGUCAGGUGAUAAAGUACGGUAUACCGGGCAGCCGGCCUUAGCUAAAUCCGGGAGCUUAAAUCCGAUACUGGGUACUGCCUACUACGUACGUAUAUCAAUUUUGACAAACAGCAACAUCCCAGAAAACGACAGACAUCACAAUAUCCUAUCAUGACUUCCAAGCCCGUUAUUCUCAUCACUGGCGGCAACCAGGGUCUAGGCCAUGAAGCUCUCAAAGUCCUGGCCCGAACCAACAAAUAUCAACUUGUCGUUGCCGCUCGCUCUCAGUCAAAGGCCGACGAAGCCGUCAAGGUCAUCGCUUCUGAGACUGGCGCAGACCUUUCAGACUUGACGCCGGUCGUUAUCGACUUAAAUAGCGACGAGACCAUCUUUGCCGCAGCUAAAGUUGUUGAAGAGAAAUUCGGCCAUCUCGAUGUCCUGGUCAACAAUGCGGGUAUUAACCGCUCCCCCAAACCGAAUGCUACCCUCCGUGAAGACUUCCGCGCCGUCUUUGAAACCAAUGUCUUUGGUGUGGCCGUCAUGAAUCAGGCUUUUCUUCCACUCAUUCGCAAAUCACCGUACUCUCAGCGCCGGAUUGUGACAGUCACCAGCGGGCUCGGAAUGUUCGGCGUCGCUUUGACGGAGAGCUCUCCCUACAAUGCGUGGCACUACAAGUUUCCCGUAUACCGGAGUAGCAAGUCUGCUACGAACAUGAUCUCAGCCGUUGAUAUGAUUGCAUUACGGGAGGAAAAUAUUUCCACUGUUCUGGUCGAGCCAGGAUACUGUCGUACGGCGUUUGGAGGAUACCAGGGCCACAAGGACGCCGACGAAGGUGGGAAGGUAAUCGCGCGUGCUGCUGUUGAGGGGGAUAAUAAAGACUUGUUUCUGAAGAUUGUCGACGAUGAGGGGAAACAUGCCGAAUUUGGCUGGUAACCAAGUAGUAGUAUGGUAUUAGCAUCGUUAUCUACAAAAUGACCAAAUGAUCUU